CAACUCUGAUCUUCUUUAUUUACCCUCUAGAAGAUCGACAGGGGUAAGCCCCUUCGCAUCUCGGUCAGUGUGCGGGACGCCAGCUUUCAUGAGAAUUUUGGUGAUGUCCUCGUUCCGUUUUUCAAAUGCCCACCACAUCGGUCCUCGCCCGUCACGGCUCCGAAUAAAUGCAAUUGUAGGAUCUUCCUCGAGCCACAUUCUCAAGUCAUCCACUUGGUUACUAGAAAUCAAAGUCCACAUCAGCGUGGUGUCUUCUGUAUCCUCCCAAGUAUUGUAUAUUUCGUCGACACCUUUCUUGGCAUGAGUUUGGUCUCGGGGAGGAGCUUCGGAGUUAUCCUCAUUUCCCAUCUCGUUGAGUUUCAUUUCUCGUUCGCGCUUUCGGGCCUUUGCAGUGGCCUUUUUCGGGUUGUUUAAGUUCUCAAAAUACUGCUUUCGAUACUCUUCAUCGGCACCAUCUCGAUUGAAAUCUUCAACCUGAGGGAAAUCUGUUUUCCGUGCAAGUAUGUCCGACAGACCUGGAGGAUACUGACCGGGACAAAACCAGCUACCGGGGACGUCGCAUAUAAGGUUGGUACUAUCUUCCACCCAUGUCUUUGAUUCUUCGUCGACACCAAGAAUCUUGUAAAUUCUGACACGGCCGUAUUUUGAUCGGUAAACCUCUUUCCAUUUGUCAGGAUCUGCUACAACCCCGUCCUUUAUUUCAUGCCCGUGCAGUCUAUAAAGAAGAGAACGUUCCAUCAUAGGCGAAGGUGUUCCUUGUCGGUCCUGGAAUUCGAGAGACAUACAUGUUAGACGAAAACACUAAUCGAAACAACUUUCACGGCCUUAAAAACUAAGAAUCAUUGACCACAUGUGUAAGAAAAUAAUUUCGAAGAAAAACUUACCAUCAACCCAAAAGCACGACACGUGGGAUCACCAGCUGGACAAUGAUCACGAUACACCGAGUUCGCAAUUCUUGCCAAAUGGGGACUUUUUGCCAAGUCAUCACCGCCGCCUCCACCCCAAACAAGAACAUAAUCUGCAAGAUGCCGAGCGAUUUGGUAACCUUCUUCCUCGUCAGUAGUCAAUGCUUUCCCCAAUAGGGCGAUAUGCUCGUGAUUCCAGGUAUUACCAUCUGCAAUAGUGGUUCGAUUGGCAAUAGCAGUAAUCUGAUAACCAUAAUCCCACCACGCCAUAAUUCUUGAAUCUUCAGGGGUGUUAUCUCUCAACCACCAGUAAGCUUCACGAUAGUCAUCCAGUUUGAUAAUGGUACCAUCCCGCAAUCGUGCCUUGACAAUGAUUGUCGGAUUCGAAAGGUCUUGCGAUACUCUCCAGCAGUAGUGUGUAAAAUUAAUACUCAGAAUAUAUCCCAUUAACAAUAGCGUAGCAGCCAUAAAUCGUUUCAUCAGGACAGCCUCGCUCGUAGUUAAGGCACCAUCAAAUGCAGACUUCAAUAGCCCGUCCAGGGCAUCAUCAUUUUCCUCGUACUCAGUGUUUGCAGCAUAACUGGGCUUCUUUGGUUUCCUAAACUUGGUUCCCUUCUUAUUGACUUUAUUGGCUCUGGUGUUACUAUUUUCUUUAAGCACAGGCACUGAUGUAUCCUCGGUUUCCCACCACUGUCGAAGGCACCAUGUAAAUAUUCUUCCAGCAGCAAUGCCACCUAAUAUACUUCCGAUUGGAGCAGUAAGAAGGAUCAGUCGAACCAUUCGAUGCGAAAAGUAGUAAGCUGCAACACCCCAAACUAAAAGAAAACUUGAUGAAUCACUUAGGUUCAACGUGACCAUCAGAAAGCCAAUUGGUGCAAGACUGCAAACAUGAUGCAAGUACUGAAAGUAAGAUCGAGAGCUCGCUGGUUGGUGCUCUGCAACAGAAUCUACCAAGGGGUUUCCAGUUUUUGUGUGUUGAACAAAGAGUCCACGAACCCUAGAGGAAAGCGGUCCGAAGUAACCACUCGGGGCAACCAAAGAUACUAAAAUCAUUGCAGUGAUACCCGCGACAGCAAAUGCCUUCACUCGCAAAAGAAAGAACUCCGCCCUCGUCAUUUUCCUAUCUCCUUUGAUCGAGUCACAGACUCGCAAAAUUUGGUAUCCAAGAAAUACGGCACAUGGCCCUAAUUGCUCCAGAGAUUUUAGAGGGGCCCAACCGACGACGGGAACUUGAACUGCCAAGGCUGUACCAAUCGUGUAAAACAGGGUAUAACUCAGAUAAACUUUGGGUGAAAAUCGUCCCAUGGGGACCAAAACUGCCGCAUGCACUCCAAUUAAAUUCAAGACAAAAAUGUAUCCACCCCAAGAAGCGACCAUGUAGAAGUAGGCCAAUCCAGCGAUUGCACCCAUCCAAGCCGACUGCGGAUUACGAAGACUGCGCACCCAAAAAUAAAACGUCAUAAUCAUGGCGGUAUUUGCGAUAGACUCAUUGUCGUACCCCCCACCAACGCUUCUCAUCAAAUGGGCAGGAACGAUGGCCAUCAUAGCAAUGGCGCAACAUGCACAUUCC